AUGUCCACAUUCGGCACCCUCUUCCGCGUCACAACCUAUGGCGAGUCCCACUGCGCGUCCGUCGGUGCAAUCAUCGACGGCUGCCCGCCCGGUUUGCCGCUCGUCGCCCAGGAUGUUCAGGUGCAGUUGAGCCGGCGAAGGCCUGGCCAGAGCAACCUCACCACUCCCGUGAUCGUGGAUCUUCAGCGCGAUGAGAAGGACCAAGUCCACCUCCAGUCUGGUAUCGAGCACGGCAUUACCUUGGGCACGCCCAUCGGCCUGCUCGUCCGCAACGAGGACCAGCGGCCUCACGACUACUCCGAGACCGACCUCUACCCCCGACCCAGUCACGCCGACUGGACCUACCUCGAGAAAUACGGCGUGAAGGCCAGCAGCGGUGGCGGCCGCAGCAGUGCGCGCGAGACCAUCGGUCGAGUCGCAGCGGGCGCGAUCGCCGAGAAGUACCUCAAGAUGGUAUACGGCAUCGAGAUCGUCGCCUUCGUGUCCUCCGUGGGUAAGAUCCACCUGCCGUCCACGGUUGGCCCGCCCUCACAGGUGCCGAGCGACGACGACGACACCGUCGAGGACGUGCUCAGCCCCGAGUUCGUCACGCUCCUCAAAACGGUUUCACGCGAGCAGGUCGACGCCCACACGACGCGGUGCCCGCACCCCGAGACCGCCGAGCGGAUGGUCCAGCGCAUCCUCCGCGCGAAGGACGCGAGCGACUCCAUCGGCGGGACGGUCACCUGCGUGAUCCGCGGGGUGCCCUCCGGGCUGGGCGAGCCCGUCUUCGACAAGUUCGAGGCGAAGCUCGCGCACGCGAUGCUCUCCAUCCCCGCGACGAAGGCGUUCGAGAUCGGCUCCGGCUUCCGCGGGACCGAGGUCCCCGGCAGCCGCCACAACGACGCGUUCAUCGUCAAGCCCGACGGGAGCAUGGGCACCAAGACGAACUGGAGCGGCGGCAUCCAGGGCGGGAUCACGAACGGCGAGGACAUCUACUUCAGGCUCGGCUUCAAGUCGCCCGCGACCAUCUCGCAGGCGCAGGAGACCGUUCAGUACGACGGUACCCCGGGCACGCUCGCUGCUCGGGGUCGUCACGACCCCUGCGUCGUGCCGCGUGCGGUGCCCAUUGUCGAGGCGAUGGCCGCUAUUGUGAUCAUGGACGAACUUCUCAUCCAGAACGCACGCAAGGCCACCGCGUCACUCCUCCCGCCCAUCACGACCCUUCCGCCGGCGAUGGUGAAGCCCGGCGCACCGUCAGCGAAGGAGUAG